AUGGCGCUAGUUCCCGCGCUAUCGACAGACAUUCGCACUUGUGAUUCGUGCGCUAAGAUUUGGACCCUAAUUUCAAACUCGGCUCCGUCGUAUUUUUGUGUUCUAUGGGCACCUAAAGGGGCCCGACGGACUCAGCUAUUCAUUUUCAAUGAUGAACUGUCCAUUAAUGAGGGAUCGGCAUCUGACAAGAAUGGUUGGACAGUCAUACGAUCAUCUCCGUUGCGAUCACUGCUGAUUCAAUUCCGCAAUGAUUACUUCCACGAAGAAAGCGGAAGGUGCACAGUUCUUUGCGCCUCUAUGGCCAGAAGAGCAUAUUGGAUGGUUGUCUGCGUUUCUAUGAACGACUGGAGCGUGACUUCGUCGAGUAAUGACGUCUAUGAUUUGAAAAGUCGUCUCUACGGAAUCACGCAGAAGAAAGAUAAGACGUCAUUACAACCAAUGUCAAAAACCCGGCAGAAUAACGAAUCGUUGAGGCGUUAUUUCAAAGCUUCUCUCGCCUCGAUUUCAGAUUCUCCAAUUGUUUCAGUGAAUCGUGGAACAUUAUAUGCAGAUGAGCUGCUUCACAAACAAGAGUCCGAACACGGACUUAGUGGCCAAGCGCUCGUUGACUACGUUAAUUCGCACCAAUCACUUUUCAAAGCAGAAUAUUCGCCAACCAAUGAACAAUUCGUUAAAGCCCGUAUAAUGGACAUAAAGUAUAUGACUGAGGCUAGCCACAAAUAUCCAAGAAAGGGCAUUAAUCUGAACGUUGAACUCCCUGAAAGGUUUGACGCACGUGAAAAAUGGCCACAUUGCGCCUCCAUCGGUCUCAUUCGCGAUCAGUCUGCUUGCGGAUCGUGUUGGGCUGUAUCGGCAGCGUCGGUUAUGUCAGAUCGACUCUGUAUCCAGACGAACGGCACAAACCAGAAGAUCCUUUCGUCGGCGGACAUCCUUGCGUGUUGUGGAGAAGACUGUGGCUCAGGAUGCGAAGGCGGUUAUCCGAUUCAGGCGUACUUCUACCUGGAAAAUACUGGAGUAUGUAGUGGAGGAGAGUAUCGAGAAAAGAAUGUAUGCAAACCAUAUCCCUUUUAUCCGUGUGACGGAAACUAUGGACCAUGCCCCAAGGAGGGUGCGUUCGACACUCCAAAGUGUCGGAAAAUAUGUCAGUUCCGAUAUCCUGUUCCAUACGAAGAAGAUAAAGUGUUUGGUGAGUCAGUGCUUUGA